AUGCACCCCGUUCACAUCCUGUCCUACAUUCUACCCUGGCCAUUAUCCAGCUGGUCAUCGGCAACGUCGCUGGACGCUGGCACAUCCAACAUCCAGCAGUCUAUACAACGCACUGUGCGCUUCGAGCUCCAUCUUACAGCAGGCCAAGUAGACGCUCUUGGUGCUGGUCCACGAGAUGCCAUUCUCGUGAACAACAGUUUCACCGGCCCUACUCUACACAUCAAGCAAGGUGAUGAGGUUGAGAUCAUAGUCCGCAACUAUCUCCAGGAAGACACAACUAUCCACUUUCACGGCAUCGAACAACGCAAGACGCCCUGGAGCGAUGGCGUGCCGGGACUCACUCAAGGCCAAAUCCAUCCCGGUGCCUCGUACCGCUACCAGUGGACCGCAGAGCAGCCAGGGGCGUUCUUCUACCAUGCUCACUCAAAGGGCCAACUCAUGGAUGGUCUCUACGGUGCAGUCAUUAUCGACGCACUAGCAGAAGCUGACAGGCCUUUUCACCUUAUCCACGGGGACCUGAAGGCACGACAGGCGAUGCGGAGAGCUGAACAGAACAUGCAGCCGCUGCUCCUCGCUGACUGGAGUCAGUACAAGUUCGACGAUUUUUACCACAUCGAGGAGAUUGCCAACUUCGAUCUCGCCUGCACAGAUGCCAUUAUUGUCAAUGGGAUCGGAUCGCAGUAUUGUCUGGAUCCGGAAUCUUUGGACAGCAUGACGAACCCCAUCAUUCUCAAGAUGCUACAGGGUCUUGGCGAGGACCAUAUGACGGCAAAAGGUUGUGUACCUCCGAUCCAAGCCCUCCAAGGUGACUACGAUGUGCACCUGGGCAAGCUGCCCGCCGAGUCAAUCCGAAAAUGCGUAGGUGGCAGGAAUCCCAAGGGAAACUUCACCGCCAAUGUCGACAGUAAGGAAGGCUGGGCGGCCCUCACGUUUAUGAACGUUGGCGGGUUAUAUCCUCUGCAGGUUUCUAUCGACAACCACGAUUUAAAUGUCUAUGCUGUCGAUGGACAGUACAUCAAGCCUAUUGUCACUGACCGUGUUUACGUUGGCAAUGGCAAUCGAAUCUCGGUCCUGAUCAAACUAGACCAGGAACCAGCUCGAUACAUGAUCCGCAUGUCCAAUGACCUUCUCAACCAGAUCCUUGGAGGCUUUGCCGAAUUAGCAUACGAUGGGGCAACAAAUCAACCAAGAAAUCUCCAGCCGAAAAUGAACUACGCUGGACAGCCUCUCAUUAACGAUAUUCGCUCAUUCAAGCCCGAAGAGGGUCGCCCAUUUCCGUCACAACGGCCGGCUCGCAGCGCGGAUCGCACAUUCAAACUGUGCCUGAGGAAACCAGGCCGCCCUUACGGAGCAUACGAAUGGAGUCUGUCGGGCCACGAAGUCUACAACAUCACAGCCGAGAAACAAGAUCCUCCUUUUCUCUUUAGACAGCCCAGCGAGGUUCCAAAGAGCGAGCUCAUCCUCCGAACCCAGGUCGGGGAGUGGAUCGAUAUCAUCCUAGAGACUGAAGGUCCCUUUGCGCAGAGCCAUCCCGUCCACAAGCACGGCAACAAGCUCUACUUCCUCGGCUCCGGGGUCGGGAAGUUUCCCUGGGCUACGGUCGAGGAAGCGGAGCGGGCUCUGCCGGCCGGGGCCCUCAAUUUCGAGGACCCGUCGUAUCAGGACACCUUCACGACGCCUGAUAUCGCGGGCGACGCGCCUGCUGUGUGGACUGUGGUGAGGUACAAGGUGGAAAGUCCCGGUGCUUGGCUUUUGCACUGUCAUGUGCAGACUCAUCACGCUGGCGGUAUGGGUGUAGUCAUGCUGGACGGUAUUGAUGAGUUUCCUCAAGUGCCGACCAACUAUCUGGAGUGGAAUGGCUUCCAGCCGCCUUCUUUGGAAUUGAAGUAG